AUGCGCACAUCCACCGAAGGAGACAAUAUCUACAAGUACAAGCCGGGGUCCGGUUCCCUCGGUACCUCCAGUAUUAGCUCAACAAGCUUGAGCAGUACAGGCGGGCAACCCAUAUCUAUCCCAGUUGUUCACCUGGGCGGAUCCCGUACAUCCAGUGUUUCGGGUGACUCCACUCCGGGUACGCCAGUACCCGAAAGUGAGGCUGGCAGUUUACGAUCCCCUUCUUUCCGGACUUCGUCAGUUGUUACAACCACUGGUCGUCUUGGCGGGCAACGUCCCAUAACUAAUGAUCCCGAGGCCGAGGUGGACGCAUUGACCAAUCUCCUUAUGCAAAACAUGGAAACGCGUUCAUCCAGCUCCGGAUUGGGCAGUCUUUCGGGUUCGGUGACCGGACCGGAAGGCGCAACUUCUUCCCCCGUGGGUAGUCUACGGCGUGGCAGCGGACCCAGUACGUCUCUCGGUUUGACCAGCCAAAUCGGACGGCUUCAACAACAUAUUGGGUCCUCGUUGAACGGAGGUCGGGGUAGUCCACUGACCACAACAACCGGAACCAUUCAAGCCACAUCGACCACGGGCAGUUCAUCCACUAAUUCUCCCACCGGGUCUACCUCAAGUGUGCACAAUGCUGCAUCGGAACCAGGCUCUGUCGGUCUUUUAGGCUCGACUCUAGUCGGCGCGAAUAGUAGUGGCACUCAGUCCUCGAACUCCUGUUUCCGUUGUCGUCGAGCCUUGAUUCCACCGGACGGAAGCACACUAAACCCCAGUGUGAGCACGGCCAACAAUAGCUCAAAUGUGGUCACACUGACCGGGGCUCUGUCCGUUCGUUUGCAUGUGGCUUGUUUCACUUGUUACAGAUGUGCUGCUCCACUUCGUCCGGAUGCGUACUAUCACAGUUUGCGACGGCUUCUCUGCCCGGCCUGUGUGCGUGAUGGAGCGGUAGAAACAUGUUCCAAUUGCCGUCGUCCGAUUGGCGAUCGAAUUGUGCACGCGUUGGGAUUGCCGUAUCAUCCGAAUUGUUUCGUUUGUGUGGUCUGUGCCGGUCGCCUCGAUUCACGUCCGUUCACGAUCGAUAUACACGGUCGACUGCACUGUUUAGACGACUUUCACAGACGUUAUGCACCCCGGUGCGCCGUGUGCGCUCGCCCGAUUGCACCCGAACCGGGAAGUCAGGAAGCUCGGCGUGUGGUCUCCGGUGACUCGAACUAUCACUUGGAGUGUUUCGGUGUCCAGACAAUUUCUCAGACGAGUGGUUUAGGUUCAAAAAGUGGAAAACUGAGUGCUGGAGUGAUGGGCUGA